GUCCGGGGGGCAGCAUGAGGGGGAGCCUGCUGCUGCUGCUCACUGCCCUCCUGCCCCUAGUGGGGACCAACUCCUGGUGGUCGCUGGCCUUGAAUCCAGUACAGAGGCCUGAAUUGUACAUCAUCGGCGCACAGCCGCUGUGCAGUCAGCUGACCGGCCUGUCUCCUGGGCAGAGGAAGUUGUGCCAGCUUUAUCAGGACCACAUGGUGUACAUCGGGGAAGGGGCCAAGACAGGCAUCAAGGAAUGCCAGUACCAGUUCAAGCAACGGCGCUGGAACUGCAGCACAGUGGACAAUACGUCAGUGUUCGGCCGGGUCAUGCAAAUAGGUAGCAGAGAGGCCGCCUUUACCUACGCCAUCAGCGCGGCAGGAGUGGUGAACGCCAUCAGCCGCGCCUGUCGAGAGGGGGAGCUGGCCACUUGCGGCUGCAGCCGGACCGCCCGUCCCAAGGACUUGCCCCGAGACUGGCUGUGGGGCGGCUGCGGGGACAAUGUGGAUUAUGGCUACCGGUUUGCCAAGGAGUUUGUGGACGCCCGAGAGAGAGAGAAGAAUUACCCAAAAGGGUCUGAAGAUCAAGCGCGGGCCUUGAUGAACCUGCAAAACAACGAGGCGGGCCGCAGGGCUGUGUAUAAGUUGGCAGAUGUGGCCUGCAAGUGUCACGGUGUUUCGGGUUCCUGUAGCCUGAAGACCUGUUGGCUUCAGUUGGCCGACUUCCGCAAGGUGGGCGAGUACCUGAAGGAGAAAUACGACAGCGCAGCCACCAUGAGACUUAACAAACGCAGCAAACUGGAACAGGUCAACCAGCGCUUUAACCCUCCCACUGCGGACGAUCUCGUCUACCUGGACACCAGCCCGGACUACUGCCUGCGCAACGAGAGCACGGGUUCCCUGGGUACGCAAGGGCGGCUCUGCAACAAGACCUCGGAGGGCAUGGACGGGUGUGAACUGAUGUGCUGCGGACGGGGUUACGACCAGUUCAAGACGGUGCAGGUCGAGCGCUGUCACUGCAAGUUCCACUGGUGCUGCUUCGUCAAAUGCAAGAAAUGCACGGAAAUCGUAGACCAGUACGUGUGCAAAUAACACAGCACCCACGAGCUACGUGUGCUUCUCUGUGCUGCUCCUCCGCCACCCUUUCCCUCAUCACCCAUGCUCCGGCGUGCCCUCAUCUCCUUCCCCAGCACGAAAACAGAGGCAGAUAUAUAUGUAUAGAGUAUAAAAGUAAAUAUAUAUAUGUAGAUAUAUAUUUUUAUAUGUGUAUAAAGGAAAGGAACUACAUGAAAGG